AAAUAAUAUUAGGAACCAUCGAACGCAGACGUGUUUUUUUUAUAAUUCUUAUAUUUUCUCAUUGAGAUUUUUAUUUUACUUAGUUAACUGUAUAAUUUAAAAAAAAAAGCAAUAUAGACUUUAAAUAACAUAUAUCUAUUUAUCUAACUAUAAUGGCGGAUAAAAUAACUAAGAGUCUAAAACAUAACAAUGAAAAAAGUGCAAGAAUUUCUCAUGAUGUUGUUGUUUUUAAUAAACCUCGUUACGAAACUGAGGAGAGUAAUGAACCUGAAGAAAAUAAAGUUGAACCAGUUACUGUAGAAAACGAAAACAAUGAUGAUAAAGAAAAUAAUGAGAUCAAUAAAAAUAUCAAUACAUACGCUUUGUCAAAACACGCCUCAACUUACGAAUUGGAAACUUUUGAAUCGAACCUUCUAGUUAUGUUCCAUAACAAUGUAUUUGAUGAGUACCGACCAAAAAGGAACACACUUGAAGAUGUUCAAGCAGUAACGUCGACAUUUGAAAAAUUUGGGUUCGAAUCAAAAAUUCACGCUAAUAAAACGUUGGAAGAAAUAAAAAAAGAAAUGGAAAAAUUUAAGAGAGAAGACUUCGUUAAAUACGGUUGCAUAGUAGUGGUUAUACUCACCAUGGACAAAGAUGGCCACUUGAUGGCCAAAGAUACGUCGUACAGCGAACAUGAAAUUAUAGAAAAUUUGAAAAUAAGAAACACAACACUAGUCACAAAACCGAGGAUUGUAAUUAUUCAGUCUUGCAGGCCUGAAAUAAUUACAAAGGACUCCAUUCAGUAUGAAAUGGAAAUACUUGCCAACGAGACCGAUGCUGGUUCAUCAGCUAAACAUUACAUAUUGCCCAUGGAAUCCGAUAUGUUAAUAUUACACAGCCGUUACGUCGGAAAUCCCAGGAUUAAAAAUGGCACUUGGUUUAUAAGAACUUUAUGUGACACCAUCGACAAAUUUGCGGCAACUGAGGAUUUAGAAUCGAUAAUUACUAUGAUAAACCAAAAGGUCGUUAUGAACAAAACAGGACAUAGUUAUGGUACCAGAGACAUGAAAAUAAUGUCUACAAAUGAGAUGCCUGUGUCAUACUCUACAUUGACAAGGAAAUUGUUCCUGAGAAAAUAUCAGGGUAAAGGUUGUCGUGGCCUGACUCUUGAGUCAGGUCGCGGUUAAAUAGCAUUUUUGUUUUCGAGCUGCGUAGACAACACUGUAAACACCACG